UUACGGUACACAUCCCUAACAGCUGCACGUGCAUUUGGUAUUGGCAACAAAUGUUUACCGAAACAUAAACAUGGGCAAAAAGGUGUACAAUGCCAAGGCGCGGCGAAAUCCCGAAACCAUUGUCGACAAUUCCGCCGUAAAGAAUAUCAAAAUCGUCAGCGAGGAUGUGGCCGGGGGCAGCGGCAUUUCCACAGGCUACGAUGAGGCCAACGCGCUCGUUCUGCCCUCACAGAAGCGUGCCACCAAGAUCAAAGUCGAGCAGCGUCGCAACGUGAAGAUCCUCUCCAAGAAGCAGCGCAAGCAUCUGCAGACCAUUGUGGACAAGAAGAAGAAGAAGGAGGGCCGAGCAGAGUUACUGGAGAAUUUGGCUGCUGUGCAAAUAUCCGAAGCCGAAUUGCGGCAAUACACAUCUAUAAGUCAGGUGCAGACGGUGGGCCUGAAGCGUUUGCACACGCUCGAUGAGUUCCUGGCCAAGAAGAAGGAGCGCCAGUCGCAGCUGUUGGUCGAGCAGGAACAGCACGGCGCCAGACGCGUCAACGCCAUCAAGGGCAGCAAACGCAAGCUGCUCAUCGAGGAGCAGGAAGAACUCGAAGCCAAGCGCAAGAAUCCAAACAUUGUUAAUGCCGACGCAUCCGACGACGAUUCCAGCACGGAUGAUAGCGAGAGCGAAAGUGAAGACAAUGCAGCUCCAGCAAUUGUACCAAUUGAACCAGAAGCCAAUGAGGCAGUUGCCAUUAAACAGCAGCCGGCCAAGCCAGCGGACACGCCCAAGCCCAAAUCUGCAGCGGCACCAGCUGCGACAGCGUCUUACCAGCACAAGACCGUGUAUGUGCCCGUUGAUCGCACGCCCGAGGUGCAAGCGGCACGCCUGCGCCUGCCCAUACUCGCCGAGGAGCAGCAGGUGAUGGAGCUAAUCAAUGAGCAUCCGAUUGUGAUAGUUGCCGGCGAGACGGGCUCCGGCAAGACGACACAGCUGCCGCAGUUCCUGUACGAGGCGGGCUACGCCCAGCACAAGAUGAUUGGCAUUACGGAGCCGCGUCGCGUUGCAGCCAUUGCCAUGUCGAAGCGUGUCGCACACGAAAUGAAUCUGCCCAGCAGCGAGGUCUCCUAUCUGAUACGCUUCGAGGGCAACGUGACCCCAGCCACACGCAUCAAAUUCAUGACCGACGGUGUGCUGCUCAAGGAGAUCGAAACCGAUUUUCUGCUCAGCAAGUAUUCGGUCAUUGUGUUGGAUGAGGCGCACGAACGCAGCGUCUAUACGGACAUCCUGGUGGGUCUGCUGUCGCGCAUUGUACCGCUGCGCCACAAGCGCUCCAAUCCCCUCAAGCUGAUCAUUAUGUCCGCGACGUUGCGUGUCAGCGAUUUUACGGAGAAUACGCGCCUGUUCAAGGUGCCGCCGCCGCUGAUCAAAGUGGAGGCGCGACAGUAUCCGGUCACCAUACACUUUCAGAAGCACACGCCCGACGACUACAUGGCGGAGGCGUAUCGCAAGACAUUGAAGAUACACGCUCAGCUGCCCGAGGGUGGCAUACUCAUCUUUGUGACCGGCCAGCUGGAGGUCAAUCAGCUGGUGCGCAAGCUGCGACGCGCCUUUCCUUGCCAGCAGCAGGACAACAAGCCCGGCCAGCAGUCGAAUGUGCAGCCAGAGCAGGAGCCGGAGACGGAGCAGGAGUUUGAUAUGAAGCGCAGUAUACGCAACAUGCGCAAGUCCAAGAAGAAGUUUUUACAUCAAAUCUCAUUGCCCAAAAUCAAUUUGGAUGAUUACAAGCUGCCCGGCGACGAUACCGAGGCGGACAUGCACGAGGCCCAUGAAGACAACGAUGACAACGAGGAUGAGGAGGAUGAGGAUGACCUGGAGGAGUUGCAGCAACUGACAGCGCCGACAACCAAGCAGCCGCUAUGGGUGCUGCCGCUCUACUCGCUGCUCUCCUCAGAGAAACAGCAGCGCAUCUUCCAGCCGGUGCCCGAUGGCUGUCGCCUGUGCGUGGUGGCCACCAAUGUGGCCGAGACAUCGCUCACCAUACCGCACAUCAAGUACGUGGUGGACACUGGGCGCCAGAAGACGCGCCUCUACGACAAACUGACCGGUGUCAGUGCCUUUGUGGUCACACACACCUCCAAAGCGUCGGCGGAUCAGCGUGCCGGCCGAGCGGGUCGCGUCAGUGCGGGUCACUGUUAUCGGCUGUACUCGAGUGCCGUUUACAAUGACAUCUUUCCGGACUUUAGCCAGCCGGAUAUACAGCAGAAGCCCGUCGAUGAUCUGAUGCUGCAGAUGCGCUGCAUGGGCAUAGAUCGUGUUGUCCACUUUCCGUUCCCAUCGCCGCCCGAUCAACUGCAGCUGGUCGCCGCCGAGCAGCGUCUCAGUGUGCUAGGCGCCUUGGAGCCGCGCACUGAGGGCAAUACGCCGCCGGUUGUCACCCAGCUGGGCAGGGUAAUCUCACGGUUUCCGGUUGCGCCGCGUUUUGGCAAAAUGCUGGCCCUGUCCAAUCAACAGCAGCUGCUGCCUUAUAGCGUCUGCCUGGUCGCUGCGCUCUCUGUGCAGGAGCUGCUCGUGGAGACGGGCGUGCAGCGAGACGAGGAUGUGGCGCCGGUAUCGAACAAGUUCCAUCAGCGGCGCAUGAGCUGGGCGGCCAGCGGCAAUUAUCGUCUGCUCGGUGAUCCCAUGGUGCUGCUGCGUGCCGUUGGCGCGGCCGAAUAUGCCGGCUCCCAGGGCAAACUGGCCAGCUUUUGUGAGGCGAACGGACUGCGUUCAAAGGCGAUGAACGAGGUGCGCAAGCUGCGCGUCCAGCUGACCAACGAGAUCAAUUUGAAUGUGUGCGAUGUGGAGCUGUGCGUCGAUCCGCAGCUAAAGCCGCCUAGCGAUGCGCAGGCGCGUUUUCUGCGGCAAAUCCUGCUCGCCGGCAUGGGUGAUCAUGUGGCGCGCAAGGUGCCGCUCGACGAGAUCGGCGACAAGGAGGAGCGACGUCGUCUGAAGUAUGCCUACAAUUGUGCCGAUAUGGAGCAGCCGGCAUUUAUGCAUUCCUCCUCGGUGCUAAAGCAAACGCCGCCCGACUGGAUCAUCUACCAGGAGGUGUACGAGCUUCAGCAUGGCGAUACCCAGAAAAUGUUCAUACGCGGCAUCACCGCCAUCGAGCCCGAAUGGCUUCUCAUCUAUGUGCCGAUGCUGUGCAACAUACGCGAGGUGCGCGAAGAACCGGCGCCGCGCUACGAUUCCGCCAAGGGCAUCAUCUAUUGCUAUGUGAACGCCACCUUCGGCAAGGCCGGCUGGGAGCUGCCCCUCGGCGAAGUCGAGAUGCCGCUCAACGAGAAGGCCUGCUGCUACUUUGGCAUGUUCCUGCUGGACGGCAUCGUUUGCCCGCCGCUGGCCGCGUUCAGGCCCAAGCUGAAGUCAACGCCCGCCUCACUGAUCAAGAGCUGGUCCAGCCUCAACGACAAGGUGCUGCGCUUCAAGCGCGCUCUCAUCAACAAACAGAUUCACACGCGCCAAUCCCUCUUCGACCAGUGGAAGACCGAACCCAACUUUCUGCUGGAGGAAUACCAGAAUCUGCUGUACGAUGUGGCGCUCAGCGAACUGGCGCCCAUUUGGCCUCCAAAUAAACCGGACACAGCAUCCGCUUGAGUCCCAAUCCCACCCAACUUUCACUCGUUAACGCGUCUUGUACAUACCUCAAAUGUGAAUCCUUAAUAAUAAACAUUUUGUUAUAUUUAUCCAAACCGAAA